AUUAUUAUUCAUCAAUCAAAUUCGCUCCUUGUUUGGCAAAAUCUUAUCUUUCUGUCAUCUUCCUUCUCGAUCCAUUCAGUCAUGGAAGCCAUUAACAUCUUCACCUGCUUAGCUCUCUUCCUUUCCCUCCUGCUGCUACCCAAAGUACUCUUCAUGACCAAAACGGACAAGCAGAAGAAGAAGAAUCUCCCUCCAAGUCCACCUAAUUCCCUUCCGAUCCUCGGCCACCUCCACCUCAUCAAGAAACCGCUCCACCAAUCCCUGGCCCAACUCUCGGCCCGACACGGCCAGAUUCUCCUCUGCCGCUUCGGCAUCCGCCCCGUCCUCGUCGUCUCCUCCGCCUCCCUCGCCGAAGAAUGUUUCACCACAAAUGACCUCUCUUUCGCCAACCGCCCCAAGUUUCCUUCCACCCGCCUUUUGACGUACAACCACACCAGCCUUGGAUCCGCCCCCUACGGCCCCCAUUGGCGCGAUAUGCGCCGCAUAGCCACCAUCGAAGUCCUUUCGGGCCACCGCCUCUCCUUCUUCUCCGAUGUCCGGGCCGACGAGGCCCGAGCUCUAGCCCAUCGGCUCUUUCUUGACACCAAAAAUCAGGUGGAUUUCACGAGAGUUGAGCUAAGGUCGCGGCUUUUCGGACUGGCGAUGAACGUGAUGAUGAAGAUGAUGGUUGGAAAGCGUUACUACGGAGAGGAAUCCGGGGACGACGAGGCGCGGCGGUUCAGGGAGUUAGUUGAAGAGUCCUUCACCCUCGCCGGCGCUUCCAAUGUUGGAGACUUCCUUCCUUCAAUGGUCGGGUGGUUUACACGGCGAAGAGUGCAGAGUAGAAUGGCUCAUAUACACAAUUACAGGGACAAGUUUAUGCAGGCCCUUGUAGAGGAGCGUAGGAGGAAGAUAAACAAGGAAGAACAAGAAAAAGAAGCAGGCGAGUUUGCAGAGGAAGAUCAGAGGAACCAUAAAACGAUGAUAGAUGCUAUCUUAUCGCUCCAAAGAACCCAUCCUGAGCAAUACGAUGAUUCUUUCAUAAAAUCUCUUGUAACGACAUUGCUAUCAGCAGGAACAGAUACUUCAUCAAACACUAUAGAAUGGGCGAUGUCUCUCUUACUAAACAAUCCCGAGAAGCUCGAGAAGGUUAGGGAAGAAAUUGAUGAGAAAGUAGAGAAAGGUCGUCUUCUCGAUGAAUCAGAUCUCGCCAAGCUUCCAUAUCUCCACAGUGUCAUCAACGAGACGCUUCGACUGUAUCCUGUAGGUCCUCUUCUUGUUCCUCAUGAGUCAUUAGAAGAAUGCAAGGUGGGAGGCUACAAUAUACCAAGUGGUACAAUGCUUUUGGUGAAUGCUUAUGCGAUUCAGAGGGAUCCUGCAAUAUGGCCGGAGCCGACUAAGUUUCUUCCUGAAAGAUUUCUGGAGAAUAGCAAAGUAGAAGGGGGGAAGAUGCUUCCAUUUGGGAUGGGGAGAAGAAGAUGUCCAGGUGAAGGACUUGCCAUGAGAGAGGUGGGAUUGGUUUUGGGUACUUUGCUUCAGUGUUUCGAGUGGAGAAGAAUUGGAGCAGAGGAGCUGGAGAUGAAGGAAGGUUCGGGCCUCACAAUGCCGCGAGCAAAUCCUCUGGAAGCCUUGUGCAGGCCACGCGAAGCCAUGAUUUCUACACUGUGUAAGCUUUAGAAUGCUCAAUUAUACUUGGGAGAAUGAAAGAUUAGUUGGGUGUAUUGGCCAGCCUUUUAAAUGAAUAUCCAAAUAAAUAAUGUGAUUUUUUCAUGUUCAUUUUUAAUGUAUGAAUUUAAUUUUGAGUUUUUAGAGGAGUAAAAUGUAAGAAUG